AAAAAAUGAAAGGUGAAAAGAGAGUCAAAGAAGUGAUUUGUCUUUAUAGUCGUGGAUUAUACUAUUUCAUUGCCUUGAGAGUAUCAUUACAAAUCCUCUUAGACAUUGAACCCCCUAGCUAUAUGCCCGUAUACGUAUACACAACUCUGAGGGCUGCGAAUAUUCCAUACAUUGGUAUGGUAAUUUGGUGCUUGUGCAAAGAUGUUCUAGUCCCAAGAUAUCAACUAGGACCGGAGGGGCGGGCAUUCUUCUUCUUGGCCGUGAUGAUACUUAUGUAUUGCAUCUCGUAUAAUGUCCAAGGCGUAAUGAGCAGAGUAGAGGGGUCCAUAAUUGGCGUGUGUCUUAUACUAGCGGGGAUUUCGAUCGUGCAACUCUCUUGUCCAAUAAAAGAUUUUACAGUUACACAUACUCUGUCCACCACUUACUUAGGAGCUCUGUUUGCAAUCCUCGGUUGGUUAGGCACAUCCUCAUGGUCCUACUUUAUUGGAACCCUUUUAUGUUUUCCUAUAACCUUAUUUAUCAUCUACAUGUUGGUUGAUCCUUUGGAUGACAACUAGAUCAGGCAUGAUUCCCAACAUGAUAUGAGUGACAUAUAUCUAUAAUAAUUAAGAUGGCUUCCAAUAUUUUUACAAACUGUAAACACCAAGAACACUGUUUUCCUUCGUGAAUAACAAACAAAUCUUUCAUACUGUGAAGGGCUCAGUU